AUGUUCAGCAGCACCACAAGUACUCCACCCAUCAACCAUCGAGUUUUCAAUCCGUAUGAUGAUGAUGAUGACCCAUUUCAAUUAGGAGGAGGCUCUUCUUCAUCGGCAUCAACAAAUCAAAAUGAUUAUACAACAACAACAACAACCAAUAUGCCACCCACCAUUAUUCCAUCAGUCCGUUCUUCUUCUCAACAACAAGGAAUGAUGACUUCUCCAAGAUCUGCUGGAGCAAGUGUUGGAGGUGGUGGAAUUAUUCAAUCCACACCAACACCCACCACAACGUCAGAUGUCAAUUCAAGUCAAGGUGGCUCUUCUUUUCAUCCUCGUCGGGUGACCAUUGGAUUCGAAGAUGAUUUUGCGUCUGAUCCAGGUGUAAAUGAUGUGAAUACUAAUUUUACUAUUGAAUCCACUGAUUUUCUCUUAUCAAUGGCAUCUCCACCAUCACACAGACAUACAGUGAGUGGUGAAUCUAGUGGAAUGUUGUCGUGUACAUUUGCACAACAUCCACACCAAUACUCAGUUCCAUCGAUGCCAGUCAACCAAAAACAACAAACACAAAAUUCAAGCCACACAAGUGCUUCUCAAACAUCAACCAUUUCAUCACCAGUGAAUCCUGGCAAUUCAACAAUGACAUCUACUAGAGCUGUGACAGCAACUACAAAUACUCCAAGACAAAGUGUUGCUUCCGAGAGUGGAUUUCAAGGCUCUGAACUUAAUUUUGAAUUCAAGGAAAAUCCAAAGAUUAGUGGAAUUAAGUCAGUAGAGAGCUCUUCUGUAAAGAGAAGAAGCAGAACAAUGUUCGAGGGAAAUACAAAUAGAAAUAACAUUUCAAAAGAUCUCUUAGACUUUGGAGGUAUCUCUGACCCAAUUCCAAAGCAGGAAAAUUAUGUCAUGGAUCAUGAUGUGAUGUCCGAUGAAAAAACAGAUGUAUCUACUGGCUCCGAAACAACAACAAAACAAAGACCUACGAGCAUGAAAGUGCCUUCUAAAACGACAACAACCUCAGAUGUGAGCAAUUCCUCACCUUCAAGCUUGCAUGUCGACGCAGACCACAAAAUGACAAUUCCAGAAACCAUUUUAAUGAUUUUACUUUCUGACUCUGGAAUUGUCAAGUCCUAUGCAUCCGAUAGUAUUGAGGAACUUUGCAUGUUAGGAAUAUUGUGUGAGCUUAUUAUUCACAAAAAGUUAACAACAUUGCCAAUGAGAGACCAAAAGGGCCAGAACGGACUGUUAGUAGUGGACAAUUCUCCAAUUCAGUCUCAAGAAAAUUGUAAGAAUGGAGCUGUAUUGGAAUUGAUGAACGAGGUCUUAUUCUUAGUGGACAAUAUCAUAUUAAAAUGUCCUGCCAAAGAAGUGAACAAGCUCACGAUUAAGGAUUGGAUAAAAAUUCUGUGCUCGGGUAGAAAGAUCCAACACGUCACGAUCAACAAGGUCUCUCAUAUUUUGACCAGACUUGGAAAACAACUAAGUGAUAGAAGUGUUGUUGAAUACAAAAAGACUCUUUUCCUAUUUCUUUCUCUUCCAAUUAAGAAUAAGGUAGAAAAAGAACGAGCAGUGACUGAAUUGACUGUAUAUUUACGAAUGCUUAGAACUGAGUUGCAAUCCAAUAUUGGAUUGAGUGUUGACGAAUCUAGCUUUUUAAACGGAAGUAUUGCCUACGACACAGCCUGUGACAGAUUUUUAAAGAAUCGACACGACUUUGUUAUCUUUAGUUUACUUGGCAUUUUCACUCUUUGUAGUGUAGAUGUAUUAAGUAAUGAUAUUUUAAAACCAGAGCAAGACAAGAAAGCCCUUAGAGAUGUUUCAUUUUCAAUUUUCAACAUUAGCAUUGGCUCAUUUAUCAACAAGAAGAAAAAUAACACAACAUUUGAAUCCAAGAAAAGGACGUCCAUAUUUGAUGAAAUUGUGGAUAGCGACAGUGAAGAUAAUAACAUUCUAAAUUCACCAGGAGAAUUGUCCCCAGCAACAUCCACAACAUCCAUAAACGGCGACAAAAAGGUUGUGAUAAAUCCAUUUCCAGAUGGUCUAUCGUUUAUUGAGGAGACAGCGCUCCAUCUAAAGAGAUGUAUCUACAGUGGUUGUAAAUAA